AUGAUUGAAACUCAAGACUACGAAAAAACAGAAGCUUUACUUCCAGACAUCGUCGAUUUCACACAUUUGUUUGAUAACUUCGAUUUACCCACUACGAUUACUCAAUGUGAAGAUAUACGACCUUGUGAUAGUCCAAAUAUUAUUGGUGAAGGCUUAGUUCUGAACUCAAUGGUAUCUCCAAUCAAAAAGCAGUCAAAAAUGUCAAACAAUGUUAUUGAUUUACCAUCAAAGGAUACAGCAAAUACUCAAAAGAUGUGCUGUGUUUCGAAAACAACGCUUCUACCACAAUUACAGAAGAAUGAUUGGUUUGUGACGAUAAAGACAGAAAGGUUCAUGAUGCUUAUCUACUAUGAAAGCAUUUCUCACUGUAUUUCGUUGGACUUUCUCUGCCCACCGUUGUUUAUACCUUUUAGGUUUAUCACAGCCGCAUUUGCAGCACUAUCGACAAUUUUGCGGUGCUUGUCGUUCGCUUUGUACUACUUGUUCCAGGAUCAAACGCAUUGGUUAUCAAAUUUGGACCGCACUCAAAAAGUCGGGACGACUUUCAAAAUGAAGGAGGGAAGCGACCCACAACACGAAAUUCAACUUCUGAUGUCGGGACGUCAUCACAGUGGAGAUGGGCGUGUUGGACCGCACUCAGGUCGCCAACGUUCUCAGAACGUUUAUGCAAAUUACGAGCACUUUCCCCUCUUCGCAAGAGAAUGCGAUUCUAUCAAUAGUAACCUCAAUCCCGGGACUCAAGAUCGGUCGUGCCUGGGCUUAUCAACCACAUCGGCCGAAUCAUCUCGUAUCGUAUCAUACUGUUGUGAAUAA